AUGCCCAUGAACCAUGAGCAGCGAAUCGCGGUAGAUCAAUUUCUUGAGGCUUUCAAUUUGGAGCAUAAAGUUUCGUCCGAAGCCAUUGGAAAUGCGCUUUUUGAUCAAAGAAUGCCGCAGGAUGUGAACGAAGCGAGGAAAUUCGUCGAGGAUUUCUUCAAAAAGUGCGAGCGUCGAGACCCAAAUACGGCGAAAACGAUUCAAAAACGAUUAGCGGCGACGAUCAACGAAACAGAAAAUACGCCGCUGAUUCUCGAUUUCAUCGUCCGAUGUCGCACUACUCAUUUGUUUUACGGCAAACCGACGACGCCGAUGAUGGAUCCGCCGGGUGUCGGAAGAAGCAUCUCAAGUGUUUCCAGUCAAUCGUCGCCGUUUCAGCGAAGAUCGGCGAGUCGAACACGGGUCGCCGUUUUGUCAAAUGAGACGACACCGAAUGAUCAUAGUCGAUCACGCGCAAACUCGAGUAUGCUUUCAUACGAUUCGGCGAAGACAUAUUCGAUUGGAACCGAACGACCAAUGGGUUCGAUGCGGCCGAAAAGCCCAUUCCGCAUCACACAUCAUGCGUCGAAUUCGACGACGACGACUCCGCUAUCGGCGAGCAAUCAUUUAUUCAACGCAUCGGCGGCCACUCGCGAGUUCUCGCCGACGCGAUUCCAUUCGAGAUUGUCGUCGAACAUGGGCGGCUCGUUGAGCUCGAUGCCGGCUCACACGUCGGGUUUGUCGAAAACGCCGUUGCACUCGCGAUUGGGAAGCGCGCAAACCGAAACGGAGAGCAAAGUUUGCGAAUGUCUACUCGCGGCGCUUCUCGGAAUCGACACGAGGCUUUUUCGGUCGGAUGGCAAUCGGCAAAUGGUCGUUUCAGCUACUUCGUCAAUUUCUACUAAUGAUCUUGCUGUUGUUCAACGCAUUCUGAAAAUCGCCAACAUUUACAUGGGCUUGAAAUAUCUCGAUGUCACCGUUACCCAUUCCAAUCAAAUUGUCGAAUCAAUGUUCUCGUCAAUUCGAUAUCUUCUUGGAGAAUUCACUGCCGAUAUCGAUUCGUUGCGACGGAAAAAAUUGCUAAACUAUUCGAAAAUUCUUCCGACAAUUUAUGAAUGGGCGAUUCGAUUGGAAUUGAUGCGAAAAUGCUCGACGCUUCGAAAAUUGAGCCCGUUGGAGUUGCUCGAAUCGCUCUACGUAAUGCACAAAUCAUAUAAUUUGGAUCGAAUUCGAAAAUCGGUUCUCGAAACGAUUCUCAACUACACGAUGGGCGUAUUCUGCAAACAGAUGAUCGAUUGGAUGACGAGCGGAGAAAUACCCGCCGAGAAUUGGCUAUUCGACGAGGAUCCGCGAAAUCGGACGCUCGUUACGAGAAGCCUUCCCGUAUUUGUUAGCGCGAAUGACGUCCAAGUGCUAAUGGAAAUUGGAAAAUGCAUUCAUCGAUUGGAUUCGCCGAGCGAUGAGGAUUUGGCGGCAAUUGAUAAGGCGACGGAGAUUGUCAAAUCCGGAUUAAAUCCGAAAGUGAUUUUUGAUCGAGAUUUGUGCAAUUUGCUCACCAUUCUUCGCGACGUCGUCUGCGGCAUUGUGAUGAGAUCGAUUGUGGUGAACGGCAGAUUGAAGGAUCACUUGAAUAAGGCGACGACGUUGUUCUUCCUCGCCGAUCCCAGAUUCACCAUGACGCUCUAUAAUGUUGUCAAGGAGUAUUCCGGUGGGCUUCGUGCUGGGACCACAUCGCUGAGUAAACAGGACGUUUCGAAGGCGUUGGCCACGGCGCUUGAGCUAUCCAAUAUUAAUUCGAAUGGAAAAACGAAAAAAUUGAAUUUCCGGUUGGACUCAAUAACCAAUAACGGAACAUCUCCAAAUAUCUCGUCGCGAAUGCAGUUUGUGCAGCCGCUUCGGCCCAAAUAUGAGCCGACGAUGGAGGCGAUGAAGCCGAUUUUUAGCAUGUGUGAUGAGGACUAUGAGGCGAUUUUCCAUAUAUUCUGGUCGAUUGAUUUGGCGAGAUUUUCGUCGCAGGACACUGCUGACUUGAUACCGCCCAUGUACAGGUUCUUGCAGAAGAAUUAUGCGAUUCGAGAGAAUGGAUGGUCCCUUUUGGGUACGAUAUCGCACAUAUUUUUCAUGAUCAGUGGCACUUUGGCCAGAAUUCGAAGUGUUAUUACUGUUCAGGUUCAUCGGCAGUAUCGGCGAUUUUUGGCGGCAAUCGAUGAGAGAUGUGUGGAUUUGGAUGAUGUCAUCAAUGAGCAUUGCAGAUUUGUUCGACGCGUCUCAAUUUUGGUGUUUUUGAGCGAAAACGACACGAUGGAGCAACAUUUGUCGAUGUUUUUGCAAACUGCAUUUGACGCUCAGGAUUUGCUACGUGAGCUCGUCGACAAAUGGGAGGAUGCGAUUGAUCGAUGUGGAGAUGAUCAGAAUGCGCUGAAGGCGAAAAUGGCCGAGAAUUGCAAAUCAUAUACAGUCAAAGUUCGAGUUCUACUUGAUAAUGUUAAUAGCAUUCAGAAAAAGUUGACGGAGGAACUUGAAGUUAAAAUCAGCAACUACGAUGACCACUUGAUACUGGAUUGA